AAGAGACAGCGCAAGCGCGCCGCACUCGGGCAGUCGCCCGGGCCUGUGGGCCCGGGGAGGCUCCGUUUCUCGUUUCUUCCGAGUUCCUGACGCAGUGGCUGUAGUGGCAACUCUGGCUGCUACUGCCUGGUUCUACCCGCCGCAGUCUUUCACCACCGCCGCCCUGGAACGGCCUUGCUGAAGCAGAAAUGCCGCCCCUGCUCAAUCGGGGCCUGUUUGUGCUGGUCCUGGUCCUGGGUUCUGUCGGCGCCGCCUUGGAAUUUAUGGCGCAGACCAACUCGGCAACAGAUCUUCUGAAUGUCCUUCUCAUCGUCGUGGAUGACUUGCGCCCCUCCCUGGGUUGUUACGGGGACAAACUAGUGAAAGCCCCCAACAUCGACCAGCUGGCAUCCCGCAGUCUUCUCUUUCAGAAUGCAUUUGCCCAGCAAGCAGUGUGUGCCCCAAGCCGAGUGUCCUUCCUCACCGGGAGGAGACCUGACACCACUCGCCUCUAUGACUUCAACUCCUAUUGGAGGGUGCAUGCUGGGAACUUCUCCACCAUCCCUCAGUACUUCAAAGAGAAUGGCUAUGUGACCAUGUCAGUUGGAAAAGUCUUUCACCCAGGUAUAUCAUCCAAUCAUAGUGAUGAUUUUCCCUAUAGCUGGUCUUUUCCACCUUAUCAUCCUUCCUCUGAGAAGUAUGAAAACACCAAGACAUGUAAGGGACAAGACGGAAAACUCCAUGCCAACCUGCUUUGUCCCGUGGAUGUGGUGGAUGUGCCUGAGGGCACCUUGCCUGACAAACAGAGCACAGAGCAAGCCAUUCAGUUGUUGGGAAAGAUGAAAACGUCGGGCAGUCCUUUCUUCUUGGCUGUUGGCUACCAUAAGCCACAUAUCCCCUUCAGAUACCCCAAGGAAUUCCAGAAAUUGUAUCCCUUGGAGAACAUCAGCCUGGCUCCGGAUCCCGAGGUCCCUGAUGGCCUGCCCCCUGUAGCCUACAACCCUUGGAUGGACAUCAGGCAGCGGGAGGAUGUCCAGUCCUUAAACAUCAGUGUACCCUAUGGCCCAAUUCCUGUGGACUUUCAGCGGAGGAUUCGCCAGAGCUACUUCGCCUCUGUUUCAUAUGUGGAUGCGCAGAUUGGCCGCCUCCUUAGUGCCUUGGAUGCUCUGCAGCUGGCUAGCAGCACCAUCAUUGUGUUUACUUCGGAUCAUGGUUGGGCUCUAGGUGAACAUGGAGAAUGGGCCAAAUACAGCAACUUUGAUGUCACCACCCGCGUGCCCCUGAUGUUCUAUGUCCCCGGGAGGACGGCUUCACUUCCAACAGCAGGCGAGAAGCUUUUCCCGUACCUUGACCCUUUGGAGUCCGUCUCAGAACCGAUGAUUCCAGGCAGGCAAACCACGGACCUUGUGGAACUCUUGUCGCUCUUCCCUACACUCGCUGGACUGGCAGGACUCCAAGUUCCACCUCGCUGCCCCAUUCCUUCAUUUCAUGUUGGGCUGUGCAGGGAAGGCAAGAACCUUCUAAAGCAUUUUCGAUCUCAUCAGUUGGAAGAGGGUCCGUACCUCCCUGCUAAUCCCCGUGAGUCAGUUGCCUAUAGCCAGUACCCUCGGCCUGCAGACUUCCCUCAAUGGAAUUCUGACAAGCCAAGUUUGAAAGAUAUAAAGAUCAUGGGAUACUCCAUACGUACCAUAGACUAUAGAUACACUGUGUGGGUUAGCUUUAGUCCUGAUGAAUUUCUGGCUAACUUUUCUGACAUCCACGCAGGGGAGCUGUAUUUCGUGGAUUCGGACCCACUGCAGGAUCACAACAUGUAUAAUUACUCCCACAGUGAAGAAUUUGCCCUGCCUUUCACGCCUUGAGUUUUGUCAAGCGCAGCGGUAAAGCAUGCCCUCUCCAGGUGGGGCGAGUAGAGUGCUGGUUGGACUGUGACUACCUGUCACGUUGCAAGCAGCGUGGGUGGUGCACGCAAUCAAAGCAUACACCAACAGCUUGGCCUAAAAAUGUAGUUUCUAUCCAAAUUUUUAUUUAUUUAAGUUAAUUGGUAAUUGGCUGGGGGCUGGGAUGAGCCUGUUUUUCCUCUUAAACCAGUUAUAGCUUACCCAACUUAUUAAAUAAAACAUGUCUUAACAAAGUUCUAAAUCAUUUUGAGGAUUGUGAAGACUUUUAAUUAGUAUAAUUAACAUUUCAAUACCAUAGAAUGUAGUCAUAUAUUCCUUAAUGGGAAAGUAACCAGAAAGGCAGGGUGUAGUAAUAAGAUUAGCCUGUAUCUUAAAAGGGAGGAAUAUG